UCUUUUUGAUUUAUUUCAUUUCUCAGCGUAUCGUGUGUUCCAGCAAAUCGCGUAUAUAGGUGGUCCACCUGCGGACACUAGCGUUAUUCUUUCAGUUUUUGCUAGAGUGACAACUACUAUAACACAAUCAUCAUGCGUCUGUUCAACAGCAUUUUAAUGUGUCUUGUCGGAGCCAUGCUAAUCGCGCCCAGUUUCACGGAUGCCAAUGCCGAAGACGCAUCGGUUGUAAACCGUAGCCAAACGACGUCGAGGGGUAAGAUCAAGUUCCACAUGAAGACGUUAGCGAAUGUUGCAGAGGUUUCUGUUCGAAGACCACGAAUUAAUCGCGUCCGAUCGACCACCGUCCGCAGUAACGUGGUGUUGAGAGAUUCUCUUGAGCAGGAUGUUUCUCUGGAAGAGCUGAACAUCAAACCGGCCAUUGCUAAAACAAUAAUGAGGACAUCUACUACCCCGAGACCCAUUUCAGUAGAUUCUCUGGAAAACGAUGACAUUGCCCUUGUUUUGACAAAGCCGGUGGUCAAUCGCAAUCCAAUGGCUGCUAAUCGAUUUAAUCGUUUCCGGACGACAACUGCUGUCCCAACAUCCGUUAGAAGAGAUUCUUUGGAACAAGACGAUGAUGACGCAGUUGUUUUGGCACUAAAAUCAGCAGCUGCACCGGGACCAGAACAAACAAGUUCGCCGGUCCGAGGCCGUUUUAAUCGUGUCAACUCGGUUUCUAGAGGUUCUACUGAGAAGAACGAUGUAUCUUUGGAGGAUUUGAUUGUUGUAGCCAAACCUGUGUUAAAUGGAGCCCUAUCGGCACCUUUGACCAGAGGCAGAAUCCAAAUGAAAAGCUCACUUGAUUCAAUUUCACCUAGCACUUUAGCGGCCACAACACCUGUAGAUUCUACGGAGAAGGUCGACAUUUCAUUGGAGGACUUGGAGAAGACGACUUUUGAUAUCCCAACAACAACUAUGGCAGUUACAGAAGUGGAAACAGCUAGCACUGAGGAAAUCGGAACUACAGCAAUGCCAACAAUUCCUGUUUCUCUGCAAUCUGAUGAGCAAGACGAUGUUUUCGUUACGGACAGAACUACCGUAGCACCUGAGCCGACCAACGAUGCAAUCGAAACAACGGCCACUGUCGUCCAAUUAACCACUCAAUCUGAUGAGCAAAUGGACUUUGAACGAGUAGAAAAAUUGGCUGUAACUCAAGACGGAGCACAGGUGCUGACUGAUCAAGUUAGCAAUGCAGCCAUGACUACCUUAAUUUCCCAGCAAUCUGAUGAGCAAGACGACUGGACCGUUCCUGUGACAACGUCGACAAUGGCCCCAGCUGUAACUCGGUCUCCUGUUGUCUCAAAAGGACGAGGUCGAUUCCAAUCAGCGACACCCAUCAAUCAAGUACCCAGGAAUCGAGUAAAUCGUAUACGAUUGAAUCAAGUCAAGAGCUCCAUGCCCAGAGCCUCUGACGAACAGCAAACUGGAAUUGUUAAAGAGACCCAAACGACGUCCCGUGAUGCUUCGGUUUCCGGUAAUCGAUUCAGCCGACUCAGAUCGACAACUGUCCGUGUUCCGGUUUUGAGAGAUUCCGUUGAACAGAACGAUGUAUCCCUGGAAGAUCUUAUUAUUGUACCAACGACUCGCAGUCCACUAAUGGGAAGUCGUUUCAGCCGAUUCAGGACAACGACAGCCGCUCCAGUUGGACAGGAAGUCGUCUCACCAAAAAGCGAAACUCCUAUUAACAGGAAUCGAUUCAGCCGUGUGAGAUCGACAACAGCUCGCGUUCCAGUACUCGUAGAUUCAGUUGAGGACGACAGCUUUUUAUUAGCUAAUGAUUUUAGCAAAAUUAAGGCUGCUAAUGUUGCAUUGCAACAAAUAACUUUGAACAGUCCGAAUAAGGUAAUGUCAACUGGUACUACAUCAGUUAACAGAGGUCGAGGUAGUCGUCGCAGAACGACAACAACUGCCACGCCGAUUUCCAGACACUCUGCCGAAGACUUGUCCCUGGAAGAUGUUCUGAAGGAAUUAGGAAAGACUGGUGAACAACUGUCGGUUCAGCAGCCGGCCAUCAUUUCCGUCCCUGUCGACAUGGCUGUUCCUUUGAGCGAAAUUUCCAGACAUUCUGACGAACGCGAUGACAUUGUAGAUGUUCCAGUUGCACCGAUGGCAGCCGUCACGCUGAUCGUUGAAGAUGUGCAUGACGUAGAUGUCAGCGAUGAAGCCCCAAGAACGACAACGUUGGAUCCAGUUUCCAGCGAGUCUGGAGAAAAAGACGACUUGACUUUGGUUUUGAUCGAUGAAACCGCUGUUCCAGCUACAGGAUCUUUGCAAAUGGAUAUCUUGCCCGACGACGAAGCUUUGCAUUCGAUGACAUUUAAUCCCGUCUCCAAGGAGUCUGAGGAACUACCGUUAAUGCAGAUGACGAAGAGAGUCAGGAUGAUACGAAAACAAAAUUCUCAGAUGUAGUGUCUGGAAUUUUAUCUAUAACCGUGUGCCUGUAAAUGUAUAUGGCCCCGUCUAAUUGUAUGCUAUGAUUCCAUUUAGUUUAAGCAGAAAGUGUUUUUGUUUUUUUGUGAGAUGUCUUGUCAUUAUUACAAGUACUGCAGCCAA